UAUCCAAACUACAUGAUCUAGAACUAACAUAUAGAUCAUGCUAUCAGUCUAUCACAUAACAACAUGUACUCAUAAGUGAUGUUUAUAUAAGAAUCAUUCUUAAUUUGUUGUUGAAUUUGGAUCUUUGGUUUGGUUGUUGCAUCAGGAUCAGGCAUAGAAGAGGUUAAUGCAGAUGGGUAGCUCAGAUUCCUGGUGGAAAUUGAUGGAUCAUCCAAAGCUUCCAAAGGGGAAAACAGUGGCAGUUGUGGUGCUAGAUGGUUGGGGUGAGGCUAAACCUGACGAGUACAACUGCAUCCACAUAGCUGAGACACCCACCAUGGAUUCUCUUAAAAAGGGUGCCCCUGAGCAUUGGAGGUUGGUUAAGGCUCAUGGUACAGCAGUAGGUCUUCCAACAGAUGAUGACAUGGGCAAUAGUGAAGUUGGUCACAAUGCACUUGGUGCAGGUCGCAUAUAUGCUCAGGGUGCAAAGCUGGUGGACCUCGCUCUAGCCUCUGGAAAAAUUUAUGAAGGAGAAGGUUUCAAGUACAUAAAGGAAUGUUUUGAAACUGGCACAUUGCAUCUCAUUGGGCUGCUGAGUGAUGGUGGAGUUCACUCCAGAUUGGAUCAGUUGCAGUUGUUGCUUAAAGGGGUUAGUGAGCGAGGAGUUAAAAGAAUCCGUGUCCAUAUUCUCACGGAUGGCCGAGAUGUUACAGAUGGCACAAGUGUGGGAUUUGUGGAAACACUUGAAAAUGAUCUUACAAAAUUGCGCAAGAAAGGUAUCGAUGCAAAGAUAGCAUCAGGUGGAGGUCGCAUGUAUGUCACAAUGGAUCGUUAUGAGAAUGACUGGAAUGUUGUGAAACGAGGGUGGAAUGCGCAAGUUCUCGGUGAAGCGCCUUAUAAGUUUACAACUGCUCUUGAAGCUGUCAAGAAACUGAGGGCAGAACCAAAGGCCAAUGACCAGUAUCUGCCUCCCUUUGUUAUUGUUGAUGAGAACGGGAAACCUGUCGGUCCGAUAGUUGAUGGCGAUGCGGUUGUUACGUUCAACUUCCGGGCAGAUCGAAUGACUAUGCUUGCUAAGGCUCUUGAAUAUGAAAAUUUUGACAAAUUCGACAGGGUUCGUCACCCUAAAAUCCACUAUGCUGGAAUGCUUGAAUACGAUGGUGAAUUGAAGCUUCCAAGUCAUUACCUUGUUCCUCCACCAGAGAUUGAAAGAACCUCUGGUGAAUAUUUAGUGUAUAAUGGUAUUCGGACCUUUGCAUGCAGCGAGACGGUUAAAUUUGGCCAUGUCACAUUCUUCUGGAACGGAAACCGCUCUGGAUAUUUUAAUCCAGAAUUGGAAGAAUAUAUAGAAAUCCCUAGUGACAUUGGGAUUCCAUUCAAUGAGCAACCAAAAAUGAAAGCAUUACAGAUUGCUGAAAAGGCAAGGGAUGCAAUUCUUAGCCGGAAAUUUGAUCAGGUACGUGUCAAUCUACCGAAUAGCGACAUGGUGGGGCACACAGGUGAUAUUGAAGCAACAAUUGUGGGAUGCAAGGCAGCUGAUGAUGCAGUGAAGAUGAUUCUUGACACAAUAGAGCAAGUAGAUGGAAUCUAUGUUGUCACUGCUGACCAUGGAAAUGCAGAGGAUAUGGUCAAGAGAGAUAAAUCUGGAAAACCUCUUCUAGACAAGGAUGGGAAAAUCCAGAUUCUCAGUUCUCACACUCUUCAGCCAGUGCCAAUUGCUAUUGGAGGUCCUGGAUUAUCACCUGGUGUCAGGUUUAGAGACGAUCUUCCCAACGGAGGUCUAGCCAAUGUUGCUGCAACUGUGAUGAAUCUUCAUGGAUUUGAGGCUCCCAGUGACUAUGAGCCAACUCUUGUAGAAGUAGUUGACAACUAGGGAACCAAUAGAUGAAUUAUAAUUUGCAAAAGAACAUACAGAUUUUGGAGAGACAGUGCAAUGGAAGGAACGAAAUAUUUUCCACCCUCAAAACAAUCCCAUUUGCAACAAAACCAGUGAAAUACUUGCCAAAAUCUGAGCAUGUGCAUACUCUGUCAUGUAUUUGGAUGUCUUUCGAGGCCUCUUAAGAUAAGAGAAAUGAGAGAGAUAUUGAAAACUGAGAGCUAGUUGAAACAAACUGUAUUUCAUAUUCUGAAUCUGUGUUUACAAUAAGAUGCUCUUAUAUAGAUCAGCAAUACAAGGUGCUUGCAAGAGAAGCUAACCUUCCGCAAUUUUGUCUCUCCACAACAAAAUAGCAAGCUUCCGAACUGAUUGUGUGUUUGUGUAAUUUUAUAUUUAUGCAGAUAGUGCAGUUAGUAAUCUUUUGCGAAAACAUCUCAAGUUUUAAUAUUUUAGUGGUA